AUGUCUACCUUGCUGCCGUUUCGCGAUAAACGGCUCCCGCCGUCCAAACAUAUUCAGCACUCGCUACAGACCCUGAUUGAUGCACAAAGUGAGGGUCUCCUAUCUGGGAUUGGUCAAGCCCAGCCAGAUAAUAGUUCCGAUGGAAGCUCCACUCCAACCUCCUCCAGAGCUAGUCGAUCACGGUCGCUCUCUGCAACACCUGCGAGACAGCCGCGGCCGAAGAAGAUUGGACUAAGGGCUGCACGGGAGGGUAUUUUUCAGUCGAUGUAUGACCUACUCAAGCUACGAGAACAGGAGCGAGAAAUACUGUCAUCUCAGUCAAAUGAGAGAGACACUGCGCUCCGUGAGAUUCAAGGCUUCACCUCGAGACAAAGUGGUCUAGAAGAGGCUAUUUCAGUCAUACACAGUGAUCAAGAAAAUCAAAGAGUGACGAACCUCCAAGAAGAAGCCCGUGGCCUAGAGACUGACAUCCAUGAACUGGAAACCAAGCUGCUCGAGAUGAAAGCCAAACAUCGGCAUCUUGUCAGCGAAAUCGCAAACACUAAGAACUCCGUCGACGCUAAGCUAUCUUCUCAAACGUUCAAAAAUACCUUCGUGACCCCCCCUGUGCAAGCUAUGUCGAAACGGACGGGCGAGUCCACAUUCUACACCCUGAAUCCCAGACGGCGCACCCUUGAGAUGGCACAAGAGUUAUGGACGCAUGAGCAGGAAGAUUUACACUAUAGACAACAAGAGGUAGAUGCGGAGAUCCUGGCACUGGAAGAAGGCGGUGGACUUUGGCAGGAGGCUUUGGCCGACGUCUCUGGCUUUGAGAAAAGACUCAGAGGCUACAUGCGCCGGUAUAUGCAAUUAGUUGCACAAGAAACAGAUGGCGUGCCCGUUGGAUCUGGCAAGGAACAGGUGGCAACCAGCGUCUCACAAGAUUUACAGCAAACCACCCAACGCCUUGAAUCUCAUCUGGAGUAUGCCGAGGACAAAGAUUGGAAGCUUCUUGUCUGUUGUAUUGCAGCAGAGCUAGAAGCCCUUCGACAAGCAAAAGGACUGCUGCUUCCAGCCUUCGGUUUACCUGUACCGGAUUUGUUGCCAGCCUCGUCGCCACCCGCUCAUGAUCCAGACCAAAUUACAAACGGAAAUACCCACGGACAUACGAUUCCAUUCGAGCAUGAUGAUUCUGAACCGCCAGCGGAUUUAUUAAAGGAUACUACCGACGAGCCUCAUACAGACCAAGUGUCCAGAUCAGAAGAUGAUGACCCUGAUCCAGCAUGGCUUCUUGAAUCUUAG